AAAAUUACCCAAACGAACAAACGAAACCGAAACGGAACAAUUGAAAUUCUUAAAUGUAUUCUACGAACUGUGGAUACGUACGUAUUUGAGUCAGUGAGAGAGUGAACCGAAUCGAGCAACGAUGACAGGCUGCCUCUUACAAACACAUGCACCAACACAUACACAUUCAGGCGACAGCCAAACAAAGACCAAUCACACUCGAACGCAUGCACUACGACUCACACACGCACACACACACAGAGCGCGCAUAUGUCGGUGAGUUUCGAAUAACAACAACCAUUACCUACGCCCAGUUUUAUGUGUGUGUGCACGCCGUCACACUCAACAAUCCAUACAGUCUGAGCACACACAGUCAAACACAAAUGUCAUUUGUGUAGUUGCAUUUAUUUGCGGGAAAAUAUUCAACGAAAGACGCUUAUUAUUUUUUUUUGUGUUCAUCUCGUAUAGUCGACCGCACACCGAUUCAAUUCUCACAAAUAGAAACAACCACGUUUGGAUGUCGACCAUUCGAUUGUAGUACAAUUUUUUCUCUCGACAAUUGUUGUUUCUUUCCUUUAAGUUUAGUUUAGUUUUAACACAUCAAUAUAGCACUGAAUGAACGGAACCGUUCGGUGGUGAUUAUUCGUGCUGUUUGUUUUCUUUGUCCUUUGGUUUUAGUUGAAAUUUUUAUCACAUUUUCGGAAAAACAAUUGAGUGCGACUAGUUUAGUUUUGGUGCGAUAAUUGAAAAAAUGGCAUCGAAAAAUAAUGGUAAAGUUGGUGUUGACUGGAAGAAAAAAGUCAAAUCGGAAUACACAUUGAUUUGCAAACAAAAGCGACAUAAACGUGCCGAUGAAGCCAAAAUGGCAUGGAACCAGAACCGUAUGAACAUCAAAAUCUUCAACGAGGAUGAUCAAACUGAGUGGAACUCAUCGGUUUUAAUGUGGGAAUCAAAAGUUGUUGAUCCGCCGCAUGUCAAUUCCAUGAAACGAGCCGAAGUCACAUCAUUUAUCGAUGGUAGUGUUCAGCGUAAACCGAUUCGUUCAAUACCGGCUGUUACGCCGAUCCCGACAAUGUACAUGUGGGCACCGACCCAACAAAAUUUCAUGGUCGAAGAUGAAACGGAACUCCACAAUAUUCCAUACAUGGGUGAUGAGGUGCUUGACAAAGACGGCACAUUCAUCGAAGAACUCAUUAAGAACUAUGAUGGUCGCGUUCAUGGGGACAAAGACAAUGGUUAUUUGGACGAUACAUCGUUCAUUGAAUUGGUGAAUGCGUUACUAAAUUAUCAAGAGCCAAGCAGCAAAGAUAAUGCCGAUAGCCGAGAUAAUUCGAUGCGUGAACUACGCGGUCGACCAUCGAUCAGCGGUAGCACUGAUGAUAAGAAUACAAAGUACACCAAAAUCAAAGGACAAGGUACACCAAAAUCAAAGAAUGAUUCACUGUUGCCACCACCACCGGCACCAGGUGCAGACACAGCUAUGGACAUCGAUGAAGUAGCCAAAUCAUCCACACCGAGAGAGUCCACCUCAUCAGCGGUGAAAGAUGAAAAUACCGAUUGUAAUGAUAAAAAACCAUUCCCGUGCUGGGGCAUCUUCGAAGCAAUCAGCGAACAGUUCCCAGACAAAGGCACUGCCGACGAACUGCGCGAGAAAUACAUAGAGUUAACGGAACGCAUUGAUCCAGAUCGCCCACCAGAAUGUACGCCAAACAUCGAUGGGCCAAAAGCGGAAAAUGUAUCACGUGAACAGACGUUACAUUCAUACCACACACUAUUCUGUCGACGGUGUUUCAAAUAUGACUGCUUCUUGCAUCGGCUGCAAGCAUGUCAUCCGGGACCGAAUUUGAGCAGACGUCGUUUCAUGGAUUUGAAACCAUUCAGCGAACCAUGCAGUACCACAUGUUAUAUGCUUUUGGAUGGAAUGAAGGAGAAACUAGCCGCAAACAAAACGAAAACCCCGCCGAUGGACUCGGGUAAUGAAGCCAGUUCGGAAGACAGCAAUGAUAGCAAUAGCAGCGAUAGCAAAGAUUUCACUGCUCCAGCAACGAAAGAUGGUCCAUCCGUAUCGACAACGAACACAGACGAUAUGUCAUCGUUGGUCGAAUUAUUGUGCUCCAAAAACGAGGAUUGUGAAUGGACGGGAUCAGAUCAAUCACUGUUUCGUGCUUUGCAUAAAGUCUUUUUAAAUAAUUACUGUGUAAUUGCUCAAACGAUGCUCACGAAAACAUGUCAACAGGUAUAUGAAUUCUGCCAGAAAGAGAUUGCCGACUUGCCACCAGAGGAUGUGUCGCUCGAUUAUACACCGCCACGCAAGAAGAAAAAGUAUCGGCAGAAACAAUGGUUGACUCACUGCCGAAAAUUUUUCCCAUUGCGAAAGGAUUCGGUAUCGAAUCACGUAUACAAUUUCUCACCAUGUGAUCACCAAGGGCCUUGCGAUGAUUCGUGCACGUGCAUCCAAACGCAAAAUUUCUGUGAGAAAUUCUGCAAUUGCAGUGGUGAUUGUCAGAAUCGGUUUCCAGGUUGUCGGUGCAAGGCACAAUGUAACACAAAGCAAUGUCCAUGCUACUUGGCUGUGCGCGAAUGUGAUCCAGAUCUCUGUCAAACGUGCGGUGCGGAUCAAUUCAAUUUGACAAAGAUCACAUGCAAAAAUGUUAGUGUUCAACGUGGUCUGCACAAGCAUUUGCUGAUGGCGCCGUCUGACGUGGCCGGUUGGGGCAUAUUCCUAAAGGACAGCGCACAGAAGAACGAAUUCAUAUCGGAGUAUUGCGGCGAGAUUAUCUCACAAGAGGAGGCCGAUCGACGAGGCAAAGUUUACGAUAAAUACAUGUGCAGUUUUCUAUUCAAUUUGAAUAACGAUUUUGUCGUUGAUGCCACACGCAAAGGCAACAAAAUUCGAUUUGCAAAUCAUUCAAUUAACCCGAACUGCUACGCCAAGGUGAUGAUGGUGAAUGGUGAUCAUCGCAUCGGUAUUUUUGCCAAAAGAGCGAUCCAACCAGGAGAAGAGCUGUUCUUCGACUAUCGAUACGGUCCAACGGAACAACUCAAAUUCGUUGGCAUCGAACGAGAAAUGGAAUUUUUAUAAAUCAUCAUCUACACCCCCCGCACGCACCCAAUGUGUGCGCACUCAGUUUUGAGUUUAUUUUUCAGUACCCAUACAGGAAAUCAAAACAUACAAACACACUCAGCAUUAAAUCUGAUAUCGAAUUCAUUUACCUUUAUUUACUUUAACUUAACUUAUAACAAUCGUUCAUUUUUUUUUCUCGAGUACAGUAUAUUCAGAAAAGUUGUGCUUUUGUGCAUUUGGGUUUUCUCUCCCAUCAAAAUAAAUACAAAGUUACUCAUUUGAAGAAUGAAA